GCUCAGGGGGCCAGGGGCAGCUCUGCCCUGAAAGCUGACCCACCUGCACGUUGCUACCUGCUGAAUAAUAGAGGAGCUGACAGCCAGCCGGAGAGAAAUGUGAUCCUGGCUAGCCAGCCGGGGAAGACAUCUGAGCUCCCCGCAGCUGCGAUAGCAACUGCAGGGAAGGAGCCUUCCUCCCCGCCGCUCUGUGCAGCGCAGCGUGCUCGGGGUGGCUGGAGGUCUCUUCCCAUCCUGGUGUGCCUGGGUGGCCAGUGCCCACUGCAUGGGCACAGGCUUGGAGCUCGGAGGAUGAUGUGAGCUGCAUCAGGCACCCAGCAAGGCAGAGCUCAAGGGCAGAGCUGAGUUUCCCAGGAGGUGAGGCAGAAGGAGCCUGCCUGCAGCCAGUGCCCGUGCCCUGGGUCCAGCAGCUCAGCCCCAUGUCCAGAGGAGGGGAGAUGGUUUAUAUCCCGGAUGACUCUGACUUCAGCUCCUUCCGGGAUCAGUGUGAGAGCCUGGAGGGCUGGCACUGCCGGUAUAACAAGGCUGGCGUGACCGUGUGGAGUCAGGGACAGGAAGAAAACUGCACUGUGCAGAAAAUCAAGACUCGCAUCUCCUGCAAGGACGUCCCUGCUGAGACACUCUAUGAUGUACUGCACGACACCCACUACCGCAAGAAAUGGGACUCAAACAUGAUUGAGACCUAUGACAUCGGGCGCCUGACUGUUAAUGCUGACGUGGGAUACUACUCCUGGAAAUGCCCAAGCCCCCUGAAGAACCGGGAUUUUGUCACCCUGCGGUCCUGGCUGCCCUUGGGCAAUGACUACAUGAUCAUCAACUACAGCGUCAAACACCCGAAAUAUCCACCCCGGAAGGAUUUUGUGAGGGCCGUGUCCCUGCAGACAGGUUACCUGAUCAAGGCGAAUGGUGCCGGUGCCUGCGUCCUCUAUUAUCUCACCCAGGUGGACCCUCGCGGGUCGCUGCCAAAGUGGGUGGUGAACCGCGUCUCCCAGUUUGUGGCACCAAAGGCGAUGAAGAAGAUCUACAAGGCUGGGCUGAAGUACCCUGAGUGGAAACGCAAACACGACCCUGGAUACAAGCCCUGGGUGUACCCGGAGCAGAACACACUGCCCAGUGUCAGCCUGACCGAGCUCUCGGUGCAGCAUGCCGACUCGCUGGAGAACAUCGAUGAGACAGGGCUGUCUGAAGACCACCUGAGCACCAGUGACCACGAGGCCUGAGCCCCCGCCACAACCCUUUUGCAGUCAAACCCCUCGUGACUGGGGCUUGGCAGCCAGGGAACAUGGGUGGGAAUUUGGCCAUCUGUGCCCAAAUAGUCACCUCUGCUCUCCAACUCCUUCAUCAUAGACCCCCCUACCUGGGCAGCAGCAUACUGACCCAUGGGAACCUGCAGCAUGGGUGCUGGAAAGAGGGAAGAUGGGCACCCUGGUCCCCCCUGCACCUAUGGUGGCCCAUGGAGAUGUCCCUACACAGGAGGUAGAGCUGGCAGUGGGAGCAGGUGCCCCAAGGAGAUGCUGAGCAGGGCAAGAGAGGGGGAACCCUUCAUGGGAUGGGUAGGAGCUUUCCUGGCACCAGGAUAUCCCUUUGUCAUUGUAAGAUCUCCUAGGGGUGUCCCUCAAAGGUCCAGAAGUGGGGGAUCUAUGGGGGUCCUGCCCAGGCUUUGCAGCAGCACAGAGCUUGGACUGACUCUCCCAACCAAGCUGAACCCACUCCAGCCCACCAAACCCUCCCAGGCUUUGUGUGACCCCCCCACCAUCUCAGGGAGCCCUCCCAGGUCCCCUCCUGGGCAUCAGGCUCACCUCUGCAGGCUGGAUCUAGCCCAGCUGGCUCUGGGGACCCCUUCCCCAGGUGGUGUUUGGGAGGACUUGUCCUGGCAGUGGGGUCUUGGGCAGUCCCUGUCCCUACUCGGUGUUUGCCGCUGCUGUGGUUUCUGGCACAACAAUAAAGUGUUGGUGUGUGUGCGA